UCGGGGAAAUAUGACUUCAUUAGUGGCGCGUUGCCUAAUUCUUCUGCUGGUGCAGCCAAUGCUCAUUUUCGCUUGGCAGGACUACAAGGACUUCAAGGUGUUUGAGCUGCAUACCCCUCAAGCUGAACAGGAGAGUCUUGUAAGGAAGUUGUCGCAGGAAAAACCUCUUUUGGAUUUUAUGCGUUCAAGUGGAAACGGAACUGAAACUUCCUACCUGAAGGUAAUAGUUCCUCCCGAAGAAGCUAAAGAUUUGGUUAGUAUCCUCGAAGGCUACCACGUGAAACAUCGCGUGGUGAUCGAGGACUUAGCACCCUUAGUGCAGGCCCAGAGGGCGGACAAUCUGAAGAGAAAGCAGAGGAUUCAGCUGCCUCAUCUUGAAGUCCUGGAAGCCUUUUACACUCACUCGGAAAUCAAUGAUUACCUGGACACACUGCCCGACCGGUUUCCGAAGAGAGCUCAGGUGAAGCAGUUUGGCUGGAGUUACGAGAGGCGACCCCUGAAGGUGCUGACCAUCACCAACGGCGAUGGAAGACGGAACAAGCCUGUGAUCCUGGUCGAUGGCACUGUUCAUGCCCGGGAGUGGAUCUCGCCCUCGAUGGCACUCUACAUUAUCCAGCAGCUGUUGGACAACUACGUGGAAAACCAGGAGCUCUUGGCGGACUUUGACUGGGUCAUCGUGCCGGUGGUCAAUGCGGAUGGUUAUGAGUACACGCAUACGGACUCCCGAUACUGGCGGAAGACCCGUCGUCCCACCAGCAAUCCGGAGUGCGUGGGGACGGAUUUGAACAGGAACUUUGGCUACGAGUGGGGUCACGACGAGGGAUCCUCGGCGGACCCUUGCGAGGAUAUUUACCGAGGUGAACAGCCCUUCGAUCAGCCAGAGUCGCAGGUCCUGCGAGAUGUCCUGCUUCAUUAUAGCGACAGGCUUACCUGGUACCUGUCACUUCACUCCUACGGAAACUACUUCCUACUGCCUUGGGGAUAUACCAAGGACUUUCCGGAUCACUACCAGGACAUGAUGUCAGUGGCAGAGGCUGGCGCCAUGGCCAUAAUUCACUCCACCAACGGGAUAUACACCUGGGGCAGCACCUACUACGUCCUGUAUCCGACAUCGGGCGACACGGCGGACUUUGCUCUCGGAGUGGCCAAUGCCACGGUGGCUAUGACUAUGGAGCUGCCUGCUGCGGGAUUCCUGGGCUUCGAUCCCUGGGUCUCGCACAUCGACGGCCUGGUCACGGAGAGCUGGGUGGGCGUGCGGGCCAUGGCCGCGGAGGUGAUAAGACGGUACCCGGCGUAAUCUCCCCAUAAUCGGGCUGUAAAUAAAGAGACAUUAACUGGGAAA